AUGGCAUGCCUGGUGGCGCGUUCCAUUACCAGGGAACCUAGUCACUUGGGCUCCUUGAGCCCUGCUCCAGGUCCUAGCACAGGCAGAUGUAGCAUUGAGGCAAGGGAAAAUAUUUUUAUUAAAUUACAAAAAUACCCUCUUCACGUGCCUAUCGCCACCCCAGCCUUUCGCUCCUCCAUCACGCGCCUCACCUCCUCCCUCCGUCAAGGCUUAGCCCAACGCCGCCCUUGGUUGGAGCUUGUAGAUCGCUCCUCCCUCGCCCGCCCUGACUCCCUCACCUAUGCCGCCUCUUGCAUCCGCAAGAACUUCUCCUACUUCCUCGUCAACUACGUCACUCUACUUGCCCUCGUCUUGGCUCUCUCUCUCCUCUCUCACCCUCUCUCACUCCUUGUCCUUCUUGGACUCCUCGCCUACUGGUUCUUCCUCUACCUCUUCCGACCCUUCGAUCAGCCUAUCGUCCUCUUUGGUCGCGCGUUCACCGACCGAGAAACCCUCGGCGUAUUGGUGGUCUCCACUAUAGUUGUGGUGUUCCUCACCAGCGUUGGAUCGCUUCUGAUCUCUGUUCUCCUCGUCGGAUUGGCGAUUGUGUGCACGCACGGAGCUUUCAAGGUUCCGGAGGACCUCUUUCUUGAUGAUCAACAACCUGCCAACGCCGUAUUCCUCCCUUUCCUCGGCGGCGCCGCCUCAUCCGUUGCAGCAGCUGCAGCUCCGGCCGUUGUCGUGCGCGUAUGAUGAAGUUGGAAUUAGAUCUGAUCUGAUUUGAUCGGGCUGGAGGCUAUUGAGGUUUGUCAUGAUUAAAAAAUCGAUUCCUCUCAUACCACCCAAUUCACCAUUGCAGUAACCACCACACACCGAUAAGGGUUGGUUUGGUGAAUUUGAGACCGACUUUUGAGGGAACUGAGUUGACUUGGGUGGGCCUAUGCUUACUAUUUAAGGGUGUUUAUGUAAUUUAAUAAAAAUAUUUUUUAUUUUUUAAUUUAACAUUAAAUGGUAAGGUCAAACUUGUCAUUUCACAGCCCAAUUAACGGGUCGGAUACGGAUAUUGGGGCAAUGUGAACACUUUUUAAAAGUAUAGGGGUUUUUAGAAAUAGGUUGGGGUUUUAUAAUCACUUUUUAAAAGUAUUGGGGGUUUACAGAAAUUUGCCUAUAAUUAUAUUUCUGUGCAAAAAUUAUAUUAUACAUGAUGAAUUAAUAUCUAUGGUAAAAGAACAUGAAAUUCGUAACUUGUGAUUAUAUAACCAUAAUCAACUCUUUCGGGUCGAGAGAGAUAACAAGAGGACGACAUAUAUCUAUAUGCAUAUGUAUGCAUGUAUAGAUGUAAUUUCCAAGGUGUUCUUGAUGCUAACACAUGCUCGAGAAUUAUCACUCAUUUGUAUGAAAUUAGGAAUCUAUUUUAAAUCGGGGAUACGUCUAAGAUGUGUUGGACAUGUGUCCAAGAGCAUUUGGGAAAUGCUGUGUCCGAGACGUUUUACAAGCAACUCUGUGAAAGUGUCCGUGCUUUGCAAAAAAGAUAGUAAGAACGUGCCCGUGUUUGUAUGCAAAUGCUUGUGCACAUAUAUUUAUGUGAAUAUGCAACUUUCAAGGUGGUCUAUAUGUUAGCACGUGUCCAAAAAGUAUUGGCCAUAUGUCUGAAAUGAAGAAUUUAUUUUGAAAUUAUGUACGCAUACAAGAUUUGUUGGAACUUGGACAAGAAUCCUAGAGUGGCUGGCACAUUUUUGACAUAAACACAACUCCUUAAUAAUGCCUGUGCUACUUAAAUUGUGUGGAAAUCAACUUAGGUGUUUCAACCAAAAUGUUUCACUCAUUAAAGGGGGGAGAAAAAUAAAAUAAACCUAGAGCCAAAAUUGUUAACUUAACAUGCAGAUAUUGGAUAGGUUGGCAUUCUAUCUAUGCUUAUAAGUUUUCACAUCUU